CGGUGGUGGUUUGGCAAAUAGGCGACCGUCCUGUAUUGGUGCUUAGAGACAGCGGAGCCACACAGCUUUGUUUAGGAGAAGCCUGGUGAAGGACGAGGAGCUUACAGGGGAAACGUCGACCAUCACUCUCGUAGAUAGCACAGUAGGAUAUCUUCCUCAAGCCAGAGUUCUAGUGUCCACACCGUAUUAUACCGGACAGGUAGUGGCAAAAUGCGUAGAGCAGCCCAUCUACGAUCUCAUCUUGGGAAACAUUACGGGUGCAAGAAGUGUCGAGGACUCCGAUCCUGAGUGGAGGAUGCUCGACGUUGAAGAAAACCCAAAGGAUGAAAGGCCCACAACAGCUCAGGCGAGUGGUGGGGCAGUCACUUUCUCGUCGGCAGUGGAGACAGGAGCACAAGCGACAGGCAGAGCAACGCACCGUUUGGAAAGAAAGAAAGGGGGUGAGGAGAAGAAGUACAAAGACAAGAAGCGCACGAGCAAAGACAAGUCCAAAGACAAGAAGCGCACGAGCAAAGACAAGUGCAAAGACAAGAAGAGCAAGAGUGAAGACAAGAAAAGCAAAGGCAAGGAUAGUAAAGAGAAGAAGAAAAGGAAGGGUUUCUGUCACUGGCUAAGCAGCAAAAGCAGCAAGAGCACCAAAGAGAAAGGGGGAGGCAAGCGCAAGUCCAAGAAGGCCAAGAAAGGCUCCUCUAAGGGAGGCAGCUCGAGAUCCAGAAGCAAAGAGAAGGCUGGCAAGGCUAAGUCCAGCAAGGAGAAGGUGGGCAAAGGAAGCAAGGAGAAGGCGGACAAAGGCAGUAAGGAGAAGGCGAGCAAGAAGCGGGGCCCCAAGAGGCACAGCAAGGAAAAGAGCAGCAAGGAGAAAGACAACAAGGAUAAGCAAAGUAAAGAAAAGCAACAAAGCAACAUGAAACACUACAAGGAUAAGCACGGAAGCAAAGAAAAGCAUAGCAAACAGAAGCGGAGUAAGGAGUCCAUCAAGUCCAGUUUGGCCUUACAAGAAUACUCAUUUCAGGUGGAAUAUAUUAAAGGGAGAGAUAACGUUGGAGCAGACUUCAUGAGUAGAGCCAACUGAACAGCUCUAGGUAUCUCUGGGAUGUAUCUUGUUGCUACUGUGCUAUGUCUUUCAGGGAUUUAUCGUGUUGUUGGUGUUGUUGUGGUUGUUACGUGAUUAAACAAAGGAGUGUGUUGUGGACAUUAACAUGUUUAUUGAGGACACCGUGUGGACAACGGCAGUGUUCCGAAAACGCAGUUUGGUUGUGAACGUUAACAUGUUUGUUGAGGACACUGUAUGGACAACGGCAGUGAUGUGUUAGUGAUGUGCUUUUGGUGUGUGCUGCUCAUCUGCGUUGUGCUGUGUGGUGUGGUGGGGCCAGAAUCGCCACAGAAGAUAGUCGGCUGGCAGGAUGGCUUGAAGAGGAGGACGACGUGAGCAGUCCUUCAGGGAAAAACUCUUCAUAGAGGGGGCACUUGUCACAUAUAAGAGGGAAGAUAAAAUAAAAUGGUAGUCGAAGAAAGGUUUCAAGAAGACGACGAGGAUGACGUUAAGAAUGACGAUUAACC